AUGUCUAAGCCCUACUCUGGCUCCCCUAGCCUCAGUCGCUCAGGUUCGCCUCCUCUUCUUCGCUCAGCAUCAAGCUCCAGCAUUUACUCCAACCAGGCCGAACGCCGCACCGACGACGAAAAGACCAUGGCCAACCUCGGCGGCGCUCCCCGUCCUGCCUCGCCGACGCGCGAGAAGGAGCAGGCUCCCCACACACCCAGCAGCAGGGAACAGAUCCUCCCGAUUCUCAACUACUGUGCUGCCUCCAUCAUGAUGACCGUCGUGAACAAGUACGUGGUCUCGGGCGCCAACUUCACGAUGACGUUCCUGCUCCUCUGUAUCCAGUCGGCCGUGUGCGUGCUGGCCGUUGGAACCGUGAAGCGUCUCGGUCUCAUCACUUUCCGCGACUUUGACAUGAAGGAUGCCAAGGCUUGGUUCCCCAUCUCCUGCCUGCUUGUCGCCGUCAUCUACACCGGCUCCAAGUCGCUCCAGUUCCUGUCUAUCCCGGUCUACACCAUCUUCAAGAACCUCACGAUCAUUCUGAUCGCCUACGGCGAGGUCUUCAUGUUCAGCGGCCACGUCACGCCGCUGACGCUCGUCUCGUUCGCUCUCAUGGUCGGCUCGUCGGUCAUUGCUGCCUGGGCCGACAUCUCGAGCGCGAUCUCGAACCUUGGCGUUGACUCGAACACUGGUGCCGAGAUUGCCAACACUGCGCACAAGAUUGGCGGUGUCUCUGUCGGCUACUUCUGGAUGGCGCUCAACUGUCUCUGCUCGGCCGCCUACGUUCUCUUCAUGCGCAAGCGCAUCAAGGUCACUGGCUUCAAGGACUGGGACUCGAUGUUCUACAACAACCUGCUCUCGAUCCCCGUUCUCGCGCUCUUCUCGCUCAUCUUUGAGGACUGGGGAGCCGAGUCGCUCGCGCUCAACUUCCCGAGCUCGAACCGCACGAUCCUCCUCUCCGCCAUUGUCUUCUCGGGUGCCGCCGCCGUCUUCAUCUCGUACUCGACCGCGUGGUGUGUCCGUGUCUGCGGCUCGACGACGUAUUCCAUGGUCGGCGCGCUCAACAAGCUCCCCGUCGCCGCCUCGGGCAUGCUCUUCUUCGGCGACCCCGCGUCCUUCGGCAACGUCUCGGCCAUCGGUGUCGGUGGUCUCGCCGGUAUCGUCUACGCCAUUGCCAAGACGAACCAGGCCAAGGUCGCCGCCGCCGACAAGAACAGGCUCCAGGGCAACUCGAAGGCCUAA